AUGACUCUCAUUCAGCGCACCAUCCCUAGGGUGGUCAAGGUUGCUGGUGUGGCUGGAUUCGCCGGUCUGGGUAUCUACUGCACGAAACAAUUCUCUACAGUAUUUGCGGAAUCAAACGAACCAAAAGCAGUGUUUUCUGGCCUGGGAUUUACGACUUUACGCUUGCAGAGCACCGAGACCGUCAAUCAUAAUACGAAACGACUUGUCUUCGAGUAUCCCGACAAAACCGCUCGCAGUGGCCUGCCUUUGACUUCUGCACUCUUGGCAAUUACCCACCCUGAAGGGCGCUGGCUUCCCGUGGUUCGACCGUAUACUCCCAUCAGUGACUUGGACGAAUCAGGACAUCUCGAACUUUUAGUCAAAAAAUACCCCGAAGGGAAAGGCAGUGGUUACCUUCAUUCCCUCAAGCCAGGAGAUUCACUCAGAUUUGCAACUUCCUUGAAAGGAUACCAAUGGAAGGCAAACGAGUUCUCUCACGUCUAUCUCUUGGCUGGUGGUGCUGGCAUCACGCCCAUCUACCAGCUUAUCAGAGGCGUUCUAAAGAAUCCUCAAGAUAGAACGAAGAUGACUCUUGUUUUUGGUGUCAAUUCCGAGGAAGACCUGCUGUUGAAGGAAGAGCUUGACCGCUAUGCGACAGAAUUUCCUGACCGCUUUGAUUACCGGUAUACUGUCAGCCAUCCAAAGGAGGACUCUCCCUAUGGGAAGGGCUAUAUCAAUGAGGAGCUUCUCCGAAGCGCUUUCAAAGGCCCUACGCAGAAUACAAAGGUGUUUGUUUGCGGCCCUCCGGCGAUGGAGGACUCUCUGGUCGGAUCGAAACGAUCACCUGAAGGGACCGUCACAGCAAAAAUGAGCGGUCAAAACAAGUCAUUAUAUCCAGAGCCCAAUGUGCUAGUCUCCUCCCUGAAAGUGGGAGCCGUGAGUGGCUCUGCUGGUCUUGUGUACGGAGGCAUAUCAGGUGUUAUUCGGUCUCCCCACCCUGUGAUCCAUUCUAUCUCGUGUGGAAUCCAUUGGGCGGUUUGUGGAACCUCCUUUUGGUGGUUGAGAAGUAACAUUUUGAAGCACCAUUAUGAAGACAAGUCCACCCCUCAGCAGCGGGCUUAUGUCAGCGCCCUGUCUGGGGGCGUUGCUGGAGGGGCUGUUACGAGAUUAAUGGGCGGCCGGCUGGUCCCAGGGCUAGUUGUUUUUUCGCUUCUAGGCUAUGUCGGGCAACGCUCGUAUAAUGCGAUCGACGCAUGGCAAAUGGAGAACGCGAAUACGCAUUCCAAGCCAUUUUUGCAACGGAUGGCCGAUUCCAAAUGGAUCCCGCUCAAGUCCCUGUCGGACGACGACUACCGGGGGAUCCUCGGCGAGAAACUGUUGAGCAUUGAGGCUGAAAUUGCACUCCUUGACGAGAAAAUCGAGGAACUCGAAAAGCUCAAGACUACUACUACUACUACUACUACUACUACUACUACUACUGGACAGGAGUCGGCAAAAUCGGAUCCUGCAGCUAAGUAGUCGUGUUGAAUAGCCACUAGCAAUUCGGCUAUGGGCGGGAGAAAAAAAGGUACGGCCAAUCUCGACUGGCGGUCGUCGAUCUUACAUGUCCGAUCUGAGUGUUUGAAGAAUAGGACUAGAUCGGUCGCCUCCAGGAUAGGGAUUAUUAUUCCAUCAGCGAGCGUCAUGUUGCACUUGGCUUGCACCUGCUCCGCAAGGGCGUUGUGCUCACAUGGCAGUUUAAGUUGCGAGUCUACUACCUAGGUACCUUUGGCUAUCGUGUUGGCAGGGAAUGGGCCACCCAGUCCGGCUGGCUCCGGUU